AUGGCAUCCGACAAGAAGUCCGUUGUUUUCCCUGCGCUUCUGUUCCUCGCCGUGGCACUCGUGUUGACGGCGGCGGCUUCAGUGCGGGCGCAGUCGUCACCGCCGCCACCAUCCCAAAACCCAUGUCCUUCCGGCUACACUAACUCCCUGGCGUUCGUUCAAGGCACGGCCGAGUACCUUUUACGCGGCAUCCUUCUGGUAUUAAUCCCUACCGGCCCGGUCACCCCAGGCACCAGCCUCGUAAACUGCUUUUGCUAUCCCACAACCAACAUCACCAUCAACGCUCUUCCCCCCUUACCGCCCGUUGUCGUGCCCAACAUCAAUGGCCCCCUCGCAUGCGUGCAGGCCCCAAUAUGA